AGUAUGUUUGCCCCAAGGCUUAAGAAGAGACAUGUAUUAAUAGCUACGGCCUUUGGUUUUAUUUUGUUUUGGAGACUUCAUUAUGCCGUCCCCGGCCCGAACAUAUUUUUGUCUGAACAUAAUUUUGACGACAGUCGAACUCACAACUAUAAAUAUCUCAUUAAUGAAUCGAAGAUUUGUAAACCAUUUCCAGACAAAAUAUUUCUGUUAAUAGCAGUUUCUUCAAGAACGUCUGAGUUUGAAGAAAGAAAGGUUAUAAGAAAGACCUGGGGGUCGUUAGCUGUGAAUAAUACAGAAAUACGUUUGGUUUUUAUGCUGGGAUAUCGUCCAGAGAUCAACCAUCAUGAUUUAAAGACUGAAAGUGAAAACUACCACGAUAUUAUUCAAGAGGAUUUUUACGAUAGUUACCAUAAUCUCAGUAUUAAAUCUGAAGCCAUUCUUCGUUUCGCCAGCACAUUUUGUCCAGGUGUAAAAUAUAUAGUAAAAGUUGAUGUGGAUGUCUUUAUAAACCUACCAUUCUUGAUCGAAGAUUUACGUAAAAAUGAUGGGAGGAAUAUGAUUAUGGGGCAUGCUUUUAAGUCUUUGUCACCUCAUCGAAACCCAAAGUCAAAGUGGUACGCGGAAAGCUAUCCGUUAACGUAUUAUCCAGAUUAUGUAUCUGGUCCGGCCUACGUUUUAUCCGGAGAUAUAACGAGCAAAUUACUUAGUGUAGCCUUAAAGACAAAAUACUAUUAUCUAGAAGAUGUUUUUAUUACUGGUAUAGUAAGGGAGCGUGCUACAGUUAAAUUGGUUGCUCACCGGGGAUUCACUUGUAGAAAACCAUUAGUUGAUAGGUGUUGGUUUGAAAAUCAAAUUUCUGGACAUCCCUAUACAAAGGAACAAAUGAUAGACAUGUGGUCAGAAAAAGUUCAAAACAAACGCUGCACAUGGUCACUAAGAAUAUAUUAUAUGUUGGCUAAUCUUUUAAAUUGGUCGUGAUAGUGUUGGUGACUUCAUUGGACCAACUUCUCAAGAUGUAGCGGGGUUGGAUGGCCGAAUGGUUAGCAUGUGCGCGCUGUAUCAUGAUGUCUGUCAUUGAGUCAACUGGCGUGGUUUCGAUUCCCCGGUUGUGUACGUGGCAAGGUGUAGACUCGUCUGUCCAAACUCCAGGUCCUCCGGUUUCCUCCCACUGCUAAAGACUCCUACGCGCAAGCGAAAUACUGAAAUAAAAUUGAACCAUAUAUUAGUCCCGAAAUGACCAGUUUGUGUCGAGUGGAAACCCCAUUUCUCCCCCCCCCC